ACGGCUCCUAUUAGAGUACUCCUUUUAGACUUCUAUCUCCUGCUGGAUAUUGGUUUUACAGACCCACUGCCCUCUGUCUUCCUCUCCUGUUUCUGAACCACCGCCCCUGUCUUCCUCUUCGUCUCGGCGAACUCCGUAGCUGGACACUACUUAUCAUUCCAUCUCUCAAGGACUUCAUCUCCGCUGAAGCUUUAAGAUUCAAAGGCUGAUGCAAGAGAAGUUUCACUAGCCGAAGCCCUUAAGAUGCAUCUGACCAAGAGCAAAGAAGCUAGAACAGUAAGAGACUGGGAAUCAGUAGAAGAGGAGAGCCAUUUGGCAAUCUCAUCUGGUGCAGAUUCUUCUCCUCAGAUAUAUGCUUUAAAAGCAGAGGCCUCGCUGAAUCUCAGGAAACACCAUGAAGCCUAUACCAUAAUUCAAAAAGGGCCAAACUAUGACACAAAUUUAUGCAUCCAGUUUUUGGGGGCUACUGGUUGUUCUGAUCUAUUAACAACCAAAGCACAAGUUUACAUGGCAGCUAGCAGAUUUGAGGAGGCAGUGGCGGCUGCUCAAUGUGCAGCGAAACUUGAUCCAACCGAGGAGGCAAAAGCUACAGCAGAGAGGGCUCUGGCCUUGGCAUCACCUCGAUUAGAAGGCAACCAGUUGUUUAAAGCAUUAAGAUUCUCAGAUGCCUUGAAAGUGUACACUGAAGGACUACAACAUCAGGCACUUAAUUCUAUAUUAUUAUGCAAUCGUCAUCAGCACACUUGUCAGCAAAUUGUUUGAGAUCAGAGUGCAAAGAGCAGGUGAGCCUGGAAGCAGAGGACUCCACUACAAAGGCUUUGGAAAGGCAUUGAGAAGAAGGCUUGAGCUGCAAUCCUGGUCGCCCCAGUUUGGUGAGCUGCAUAAAAGUUGCAGCCUCUUAGCAUAUAUGCAGUACCAUCAACUUGUGGAAAGAGGCUACACACCACUAAGAGGUAGACCUCUUUCUGUGAUUAUGAUCUAGAAAUAAAAUUACCUUUUCUUUUUAUAAUUAAAGACGCUAAUAGCCACCAAGUCUUUGACAAGAAUUGAACCUAUGUUAAGUAGUUAUUCUUAUUAUUCUGUAUUGCACUAUGCCUUUAUGAAAAUUCCUAUUUGUCUUCGUAUUCUGUAUUGCACUAUGCCUUUAUUACAAUUCCUGAUUCUCUAGCUGUCUUGGAGCACUACUCCACAAAACAUAUUGUUAAAGUAGUUAAUAGUUUUCUCAACUGACUUUUACAUUUUAAGCAUAUCAUGGAACCAUGAACUAGGUUGCAUUAGUAAAUCCAAUAUGAUUAAAUACCAUUAUAUUAAUUUAAUAAUAAAACACUAAAAAUAAUAUUAAGCUUACAAAUAAUAAAAUAAAAAUAAUAUGGUCGCCCGUGCUUCGCACAUGGGUAUAAUUUGUAGUCCUAUUUUUUCUUCACAUUUUUUGGUUUCGUUACUUUUUCACGUUUUCUGAUUUUGCCCCAAUAUUAUAAUACUUACAAACCGACUCCUAUUAGGACUCUCUCUCCCAACAAAAAUUCACUUUGCAGACAAAAUCAAAUACUGCACAGCCCUCUAAUUACAGCACCAUAGCUACCAUAGCCCGUUGUCUAUCUCUUCAUCUAGGCGCGAGCUCAUGUGUUGCUUUUCAUUCCAUCUCUCAAGAUCACUACUUAAUUCAUCUCCCCUGGAGAGAGGAACAGAGACACUCUCAACCACUCCCUCUGUGUACGAUUCACCAAUUGAAAAAAUGGCUACGAUCAACAAUCAAGAUAACAACAACAACAGGCAAAUCAAUAACGUUGCUUCCUCCAAACAUCCACUUCAAUCUGCCAAAUCGAUCGAUACCCAAUCUGUUCUCAAAAGGCUGCAGGCAGAGCUGAUGUCGCUAAUGAUGGGAGGUGAUCCUGGAAUUUAUGCAUUUCUUGAAGAGGACAACAUAUUUUGCUGGAAAGGAACAAUUACAGAGAGCAAAGAUACGGUGUUUGAAGGAACAGAGUAUAAGCUAUCCCUUUCCUUUCCGACGGAUUAUCCUUUCAAGCCUCCAAAGGUUAAGUUUGAGACAGGGUGUUUCCAUCCUAAUGUGGAUAUCUAUGGAACUAUAUGCCUAGACAUUCUUCAGGAUAAAUGGUCAUCAGCUUAUGAUUUGAGCAUUAUACUGCUUUCUAUACAGAGCCUUCUUGGAGAACCAAACACGAGUUCCCCUUUGAACACCUAGGCAGCAGCACUGUGGGAAAAUCAAGAAGAAUACAGGAAGAUGGUGGAGAAAUUGUACAAGCCUGCAGCUUAGCUUCUAACUUCUUUACAUUUGGACAGCGUGAAAGGGGAGGAUGAAGGAGAUUAUUAUUAUCAUUCUUAUAGUAAUAGAUCGCAUAUCAUAUUGCCUUUCCUCCUAUGUUCUAUUCCUUUAAUUCUGUCUUGCGGAGAGGGAUUUCAAUGGCAUACCUAGCCAAAAUUGUUAUUGUACAACUAUUGCAUAAUUCUGCAUUUAGUUCUGGCUAAGAGAGGGAUUAUUAUUGUUUCAAAAAAAAAAACCUCCUAAGUUCUUAUAGAGGUUGCAUUUCACUUGAAUGGUCUUGGUUAUUUUGCUUAAAAAAGGCUAUCAGUGAUCUUUUACACUCCUGGCUUCUACCCUGUCCAUCCCCUUUUACUUGCCUACAAGACUAAUCUGGUACAUUUAUUAUGGAGCACAACUCAACUGUAGCCUGAAUCUUUCAUGAGAGUGUCGUACUUGUAAUUAUCUUUUAAUUUCUAAUUCUAAUUCAGAUAAUAUCUGAAAAUAGGUAACAGAUGCCUUGAAGAUUUAUAGCCUUUUCUUAUAGGCUCUUAUAUAAAUUCGUUACAUCUUUUUGUGGAAAAUAUAUAGAUCCUGAUAUGUAAUUUUAUUAGAUGUUCAA